UGCAUGCGUUAGCGGGUUUGUCAAGUCCUUGUCUGCCCGUUACGAUCCAAGCCUGUUUAUUGACCAAAGAUUAUUUCCCUCUUUUGUUCCUGUACCACGACUUCAAGACUGCCUUCUCCCUCGGUACUGUACUUUGGUUUUGGCUGGAUUUUACGUGCUUGGGAAGAAAACUGCCUUUGGAAUCAGUUUAUUUUAUUUACUAUAAUAACUCGACACUUGUACUUAUAUCUUUUCGUGCAUUUGAUGAUGCUAGCAUCUGGUUUCCGUGACACCAGGAACGGAGUUUCUGAGUUGCUCUGCAUGCUCCUUAGUGUCUCCGUUGCAGCCAAUGUUGUCGGUUACAAGCCAGUCAUUAUUGUCCACGGUCUAUUCGACGGCCCCAAAGAGCUUUCUGGCUUGGAAUGCUUUAUCAAUAAGUCUCAUCCAGGAACAAAUGUGACAGUGAUUGACCUAUUUGACUACAAAUCCAGCUUAAAGCCAUUGUGGAAACAAGUGGAGGGCUUCAAACAGGCUGUGCUCCCCAUCCUGAAAAAUAGUGUGGAUGGUGUCCACCUCAUCUGCUUCUCCCAAGGUGGAUUGGUGUGUAGAGGAAUUAUCGCCACUCUUCCAGAGCACAAUAUUCACUCAUUUAUUUCACUGUCUUCCCCACUAGGGGGCCAAUAUGGAGAAACGGAAUACCUGAAAAUACCUCUUUUCUCAAAAUUCAUAAAGAGACAGGUCCAUCAAUUCUGCUACUUACCCAUGGGACAAAAGAUCUCCAUCUGCAACUUCUGGAAAGACCCCCACAAAAUACACCAGUAUGGGAAAAGCAGUGAUUAUCUAGCAGUGCUGGACAGUGAGAGGAUUAACCCCAGUGCAGCAAUUUGGAAGAAGAACUUCCUGCGCAUUAGGAAACUGGUUUUGAUUGGAGGACCAGAUGAUGGGGUGAUCACUCCUUGGCAGUCCAGCCAUUUUGGGUUUUAUGAUGAAAAUGAAGAUGUUGUUGAGAUGAAGGACCAGGAUGUGUAUGUGAAGGAUGUGUUUGGGCUGAAGACACUGGAUGCUAGAGGAGACUUGGUUGUGUGUGUGUUUUCUGGAGUGAAGCAUACCAGUUGGCACUCCAAUGAAACGGUGUACUAUGGCUGCAUAGAUAAGUGGCUCACAUAAAGCGUGAUCAUUGUGACCGGCUAAACCAUGCUAUGCACAUAUUACUGCAGAGUGAUCAUGUUUGCAUGUGUGUGCACAAGCAUGAACACAAACUUGCUUUUGUUCUCAUUUCAUGGUUUCUGAUAACAUUAAUAGUGGUAGAAAUAAAGUUGAAGGGCUUUUCAAAGAAUACAUUAUUUACACAUGGAAAUUUAAAUCAAAGUUCUAAUACACAUAGAUUAUAGUCAAAAGCAUUCUUUUUGGUUUUCUUAAACUUCUAUAUUGUUUCAAAAAUGCAAUAGUCUUAUUCAUAAGGCAUAGUGAUCCUAUUGCUCUCUCUGAUGCUUGUUAAGGUUACAACUCGUGGUAAAUUACAGGGAUGCAAAUGGAAUGUAAGGGGAAAUCAAAUGUUGCACAUGAAAUCAUAAUGCAUUUAGUUUUUUCUGUGCUGUAAUGGCCUAACAAUUUAUUGUUGGUUGGGGAAAUGACAUGCCUGUAUUUCAGAGGCUAUCAUGCAACCAGAAACAA